UGAUGGUGCAUUGACGGAGAAGACCGUGCGUAGUUUUGCGACAUCCAGGGCCACAUCCAGUCUAACAGCUACGCUCUACUAACACCCUAUUUAGAUAUAUAUGGAAAAGCUUGCAAUAGCCCCCAAGCUUCCGAUAGUUAAACUCGUGGACGGCUCUUCGGGUGGUGGAUCUGUAACAACCAUCAGGACAACCGGAUUCUCAUACGUGCCACCUCUGCCAUUAUUCACUUAGGUUGUUCAGCAAUUAAACGCUGGUAUAUAAAAUUUGGGUGCUGUUGUAGGUCCAGCGAUUGGUCUAGGCGCUGCUCGAGUGGUUGCUUGCCACUUUUCCGUGAUGGCGAACGACGUAGGGUCACUAUUCAAUGCUGGACCCCAAGUAGUCGCUGGCGCAACAUCCGAAGAAGGCUUAAGCUUUCCCGAUCUCGGAGGUCCCGCAAUGCAUUGCACUGACGGCACAAUCGACAACGUUGCACCAAACGAAGCAGGUUGUUUCGAGCAGAUCAGGACCGUUCUCAGCUAUUUACCAGACUGCGGUACAGCAAUGCCUCCAGUCAUAACCUGUGAAGACCCAACAGAUCGCAUGUCACCUGACCGACGCUCCAUUAUUCUCCGCAAGCGAGAGCGAAUGUACAACCCCCGGAAAAUCAUCAACACCGUGGUCGAUGAGGAUAGCUUCUUCGAGAUAGGUCCUUUAUGGGCCACCACCGCCAUCGUCGACCUCGCGAGGUUCGAUGGGCAUCCCGAUGGUAUUGUCUCAUUGAACUGUGAAGUCAACGCCGGCGCCAUCGACGCACUUGGCUCACAAAAGGUCACUCGGCUUUUGAAAUUUCUCGAUGUCUUCAAUCUCCCACUGGUCCAAUUCGUCGAUGCCCCGGGCUACGCCAUCGGUACUGUGGCCGAACGCACGGCUACUAUGCGGCACGGCGUUGCCCUCGGCCUCGCUUACUGCAGCACCACAAUGCCCAUCUUCAGCGUCGUCGUACGUCGUGUGUACGGCGUUGCGAGUGGCCUCAUGCUAGACGCCCGAGACCCCAGCAUGCGAGUGGCAUGGCCGAGUGGUGAGUGGGGAAGUCUACCACUUGAUGGUGGGAUCGAGGUUGGGCACUCUUAUGAGCUGAAAGAAAUCGAGCGGAAAGAAGGCGUCGAAAAGCGUAAAGAGUGGUGCAGAGACUUGGAAGAAGAGUAUAGAAGACUGAUGAACCCGGUGCGGACCGCGAACCAUUUUGGGAUUGAGGAAAUCAUUGACCCGACAGUUACGCGGCCGGUGGUAUGCGAGUGGGUAAAACAUGUUUAUGAGAGCUUGUUGCUGCAGCGGGUCAUGGAGAGGGUUGCUGGGAAGAUUGUGCCUAGCUUUGCGUGAGCUUAUAAUCUGCAAUAACCAGCACGUGCAUAUUGCAUAGUGUUCAAGUCGGUAUUGAUUUGAUUGGUUCGCCGUUAGUACAUGCCUCCUUCAUGUUUGGCCCCUUUAGAUUCUAGCGGUCGUAUUUUCUACGGGGCCUCCAAGCUGU